UUGGCACUUGACAUCUGUCAAAUCGUGAAAAAAUAUGUCGCAAACUCAAAAUAAAACGCAAAAAGCAUUUCCUUUGCUAUUUAUGUAGUUUUCCACGCAAAAAUACCGUAAUUUGAUGAAAAAAAUGGAUGAUACGGAAUUACGCACUGUUGAACAUUCAAUCCCGACCGAUAUUCUCGAUGACCUAUUAACACGGUUUAUAAUCUGCGUGCCUGAGUCAGCAAAGCAAAAUCUCAUCCGAAUCUGUUUCCAAAUCGAACUAGCCCAUUGGUUCUACUUAGAUUUCUACGUCACAAACGAGAGCAAAUUGAAGACUUGUACCAUUUACGAGUUCGCAGCUCACGUGUUCCAGCACAUUCCAUCGCUGCAAAAAGAGCGUCACAAAUUGAACCAGAUUUUGGCCGAGUGGAAAGAGUACAAACAGACUGUCCCCACAUAUGGGGCUAUUUUGCUCUCCGAGGGGAUGAGUCACGUCCUUUUGGUCCAGAGCUACUUCGCCAAGUCGUCGUGGGGGUUCCCUAAAGGUAAAGUCAACGAGGAGGAGGAUCCGGCCCAUUGUGCCAUCAGAGAAGUCCUCGAGGAGACAGGUUUUGAUAUCACAAACUACAUAUCGGCCGAUGAGUGGCUCGAAGCCACCAUCAACGACCAAUUAGUGCGUCUUUACAUCAUUAAAAAUAUACCAAUGGAGACGAAAUUCCAACCAAAGACACGCUACGAAAUCAAGGCUUGUGAAUGGUUUCCUGUGGCUGAUUUGCCCAAUAGUAAGAAAGAUGUCACACCGAAAAUUAAAAUGGGGGUUAAUGCGAAUGCGUUUUUUAUGGUUUUGCCAUUUGUUAAAAGAUUAAAAACGAUUUGUAAUGUUAAUAGGAAAGCGAGACACAAGUCGGCGAGUGUGAGCGAAAUGGAUAACACUUUGAAUAAAAGUCGAGUUAAAGUAGAAAUUAAUACGAAAAAAACUGAAAGGAGACACUCGAAACGGCAAUUGUUUAUUGAUAAUAAAAAUGUUGAUUUUUGUGCACCAUCUUGGCUUAAUUUUAAAUUUGAUAGGACUGCCAUCAUGGAAUGCAUUCCUUAAAUGUGAUAUUUGAUUUAUUGCCAGUAAAUGUGUGAUUAAUUUUUGCAAUGUGUCUUUUUUUUUGGUUGAUUUUUUUCUAAUUUAAGCAGUAUUCAAAUUAGGCUGACUACUUCAAGGUUUUUUUAUUUUUUAACAAUGAAAUUGUGCAUUUUAGUUGGUCCUACACUACAAAUAAAUUAUUUUCGAGCA